AUCCAAAAUGUCAUUGCGUACUCCCUCUGUUCUUGCACGCUUUGUUCCCCUUGCUACCGGCCGUAUGCUGCACACCAGCCGCAUCACUCUGAAUGCCAAGCAGGAAAUCUUUGUGUGGGACAAAGCACCUGGAGAAGGCGGGAAGAUUCAUAAAGGCCUGGAGAAAAUUAUGGGCCCCCUUAGAGCCAAAUCCUUCCGUGAUGGAGGUGAUAACGAUGUAGGCCACAACCAUUAUGAUACUGUUGUCGUUGGAGGUGGUAUCGUUGGCCUUGCAACUGCACGGGAACUGUUGCACAGAUACCCUAAGAUGACAGUUGCCGUACUCGAAAAAGAGCCUGAAGUCGCUGCACAUCAAACUGGUCACAACUCUGGAGUGAUUCACGCUGGAAUUUACUAUGCGCCAGGAUCACGUAUGGCUCACACUUGUGUUCGCGGUGCUGACUUGAUGUACAAAUACUGCGAAGAUCACGACCUCCCAGUUGAUCGAUGCGGCAAAUUUAUCGUAGCCUGCAAUGAAGAGGAACACAAGCAGGUCGAGAAGCUCUACAGACAAGGCACAGCCAAUGGUGUCAAGGGCCUUGAGAUCAUUGAUGGUGCAAAGGUGAAGGAGUUGGAACCCAAUAUCAAAGCUUAUAGUGCCUUGAACUCCCCCAACACUGGUAUUGUUAACUACUGGCUUGUCAGUCAAUGUAUCGCAAAUGAGAUCAGAGAAAGCGGUCGUGGUGAUAUCAAGACUUCAUUCGAAGCGCGCAAAUUUAACAAGACUGAAGAUGGCCGUGUCAGAAUUCGUGGUGCUGAAAAGGUGCUCAACGGUCCUGUAUUGGAAGUAUAUGCCAAGAAUGUAAUCACAUGUGGUGGAUUCUACGCCGAUCGUCUUUCAGGUUUGACUGGCGGAAGCGUCAAGGCCCAUCCUAUUGUGACAUUUAGAGGUACAUACUACCAAAUCAAGAGUGGUAUGAGAAGCGUCGUGAAGCGUAAUGUCUAUCCUGUUCCCAGCGGAGGAGGUAUUCCCGUCGGUGUUCACUUUACCCCAACAGUAGAUGUACGUCGUGGCCAUCAAAUGAUUGUCGGUCCCGGUGCUUGUCUCACUUUCUCAAGAGAAGGAUAUCGCUUCUUUGACUUUAAUGUCAGAGAUCUAUACGACUCUCUUAUCAACCCUGCAUUCUGGUCCUUCUUUGUCAAAAACUUCUCGGUAUCACUUGGAGAACUUUACCGUGAUUUGAGCAAGCAUGCAUUCUUGAAGAGUGGCCAGAGAAUGAUGCCAAGCUUGACAGCUGAUAUGGUCGAGGAAAGUUUCAGUGGAGUUAUGGCACAAGUAUUCGAGUCAGGAGGAAUUGCUGCUAGUGAUUUCAUUGUGGAACGCAAGGUUAUGGAUGGCUUAAUCCUCAAUCUCCGUAACGCACCAAGCCCGGCUGCGACAGCCUCGCUUGCAAUCGGAGAGAUGGUGUGUGAUAUCGCAGAAGAAGAUUUUGGAUGGAAACGUGAAUAGACAAAAAAGCAUGAAUAAUACAGCUUUUUAGGACCAAUAAAUUACAUCUAAGCAAAAUAAAAAAUGGAAAAACAUG